GGCAGUUUUUGAAAAUUCAUAUAACAUUCAAUUUUAAUAAUUAAGGCUUGAAAAUUGAGUAGAGGGUUUUAGCGUUUUACUGUAUUUUAAUAAUCCUCAUUUAACUUUUGGUUACAUCAAACAUCCCUAAUUGUUAUAUUUUGUAAAAAUUUUAGAACCAAAUAUCUACCCUGCAAAUUAAAAAAUUAAAAAAAUUAUUUUAAGAGAGCAAUCAUGAAUAUUGAUGAAACAAAAAAACGUAAAGGAGGCGCGGAAAAACAACGGGAUAAGAAGGCGAAAUUAUUAAACAAAGAAGCAAAAAGAUGUGGCAACUUAAGAGACAUGUUUAUUAAAAAAAUAAAUCAUAAUAUGGCAAUGAACGAAAACGUUCUGAACGAAUCAGUUACCCUCAAAAAUCCAACUUUAUCAAUGAUGAACCCAAAUACAAGUACAAAUGAGUUAGAAUGUGAGCAGACUUCAAUACAACUUAUAUGUAGUACUGAAACAAAACUAGACGAUAAUGAAGGAAGUAUUGUGGAUUUCCCUAAUAUAGACGAUCCAGAAAAAAUUAACCCAAAUAUAAGUACAAAUAAGUUAGAAUGUGAGCAAACUUCAAUAAAACUUAUAUGUAGUACUGAAACAAAACAAGACAAUAAUCAAGAAACUAUUGUGGAUUUCGAAAAUGCAACAAACAUUAUUGACAAAUUCAAAAAACCAGAGAAGUAUGAAGUUGAUGCAUUUUUUAAAUUUCAUCCAUACCAACCUACUAUUAAUAUUCCAUUUAAUCCACAAAAAGCAUAUAAACGUACAGACGGGAUACAUCGAAAAUGGUUGACUUUUUCUGAAGCUGAGAGUAAAUUAUUCUGUUCAGUAUGCAUUGCAUUUUGUGCGUCAACAGAUAGCAACCCAUUUACUUUGGGCAUGAACAGUUGGAAACAUGUUUAUCAACGUAUCGCGGAACACGAGGAUACAUUUUGCCAUGUUAAAUCAGUGGAUGCUUUUCUUUAUCAUGAGCAUAGAGCAAAUAUUCCACACAUGUUGUUUUCAUCAGCCAGGGAAAUUCGACGUAAAGAAGUUAUGGAACGACACCGAGUACUAGAAAGAAUAAUUGAAACUAUUAAGUGUAUCGGAAAAAAUUGUAUGAGUUACAGAUCUCAUACAAAUGAAUCUUCAUAUACUUUAGAAAAUAAUAAUGUGAGUCAUGGCAACUUUUUAGAAAUAUUAUGUUUAAUAUCAAAAUUUGACGAUGUUUUAAGGCAUCAUUUAGAAAACGUAAUUAAUAAAAGCAAAAACAGACUUGAAUCAAAUUCUAGUAUAACUAAAGGCAGAGGAAAUCUUAUCACCUUCAUUUCAAAAACUACAGUUACAUAUAUCAUACAAAUACUUAAAUCAUUAAUACAAGAAAAAAUUGUAGCAAACAUAAAAGAAGCAGGAAUAUACUCCAUUCAAAUUGACAGCACUCAAGAUGUAUCAGUUAAAGAUCAGCUAUCAAUAAUUAUACGCUACGUAACAGAUCGAGUUGAAGAGCAUCUAUUAUCAAUGGUGGAAAGUCAUUCAGGCGAGGGACGCAAUUUAUUUGAAUUAACUGAAAAAACGUUAUUAUUACAUGAUCUUGACAUAGCUAAUUGCAUUUCAGAUAGCACAGAUGGUGCAUCAAACAUGCAAGGUCAGUAUGCAGGAUUCACUACAUGGCUUGAAAAUAAAUCUCCAGGACAUAUCCAUACAUGGUGUUACGCACACGUGCUGAAUUUAGUUAUGAAAGAUACUAGUGAGACUAAUGUGCCCUCCAUUAGUUUAUUUGGUCUGAUAAAUAAAUGUGCUGUAUUUUUUCGUGAAUCAUAUCGUAGAAUGGACACCUGGGUUAAUCAAUUAGAAAAAUGUCAUUCAAAACAAAAUUCAUUAAAACGUUUGAUCAAAGCAAAUUCAACACGAUGGUGGUCAAAGAGUAAUGCACUUAAUAGAAUUUUUGGCCAGUAUGGAAAUUCAGAUACAGCACUGUUUGUAGAUUUAGUUCAUUCAUUAUAUUUAAUAUCGUCUUCAGAAAAAUUUAAUAAAAACACUAGAUCUGAUGCUUUGACAUUACUUAACAGCUUAACUAAAUUUGAGAUUAUAAUAACAGCCAAUAUUUAUUUAAAAAUAUUUCAAACAACCAAUCCUUUGUCCAACUAUUUACAAACGUCUGGACUAGAUUUUAUGCAAGCUCAUCGUUUAGUACGGUCGUCGAUUGAUACAUUAAAAAAACAAUCCAGAUGUUUUGAAGAUAUAUAUGAAACUGCUAAAACUUUCGCAGUCAUUCAAAACAGAAAGUUAGAAGAAAUGGAUUCUGAAGUUGAGGUAGAAACAUCAUUUUCGCUCACUAGAUAUCGUGGUAAAAAAGAUAAAUAUAAAACUAAAACUACUGAUGAAUUACCAACUGACGCAGCCCAACGAUAUAAAAUAAGUGGUUUUAAUUGCAUAAUGGAUUCUAUUAUUUCAAGCUUACAGGAACGAUUUACUAAGCACAAGGACUUGUACACCGACAUGUCAUUGUUUGACCCUCGAAAUUUUCCAAUGAAACCUGAAAGUAUUUCAGGAAAAAAUAUUUUUAAAAAAAUAACUCAGCUUAUAUGUCAGCAUUUGAGUGAAAAUGAAAAGUCAGAGUUCGGUGAUGAUGAAUCUCGUAUGACAGAACGUAUUGAAGUUUUAUUACGAGAUGAGUUAAUAGAUUUUUCACAAAAAUGGCCCAAUAUUAAGAAAACUAUUCAAGAUGAAUAUGAACACGAAAACCUCGAUAAUCCAGACAGUGGUGAUGAAAAUGAUGAAUCGGAGUCUGUAGUGAACGACGUAUGCACUAUAAUUAAAAAGGAGUCUUGCAGAAAUUGUUUGAGAUGUUGUUUUACUUUAUUACAUAAGUAUAAUAUGUAUAGUAAAGCAUAUGUUAUGCUAUAUAAAGCUUAUAAAAUAUUAUUAACUUUAUCCAUUACGCAAGUAGCUUGUGAACGAUCCUUCUCAAAAUUAAAGCAGGUGAAAACCGUUUAUAGGAACAGUAUGACACAGGACAACCUAGAAGCUUUUGUUUUAAUGGCUACAGAAAAAAGUAUUUUAAGUGAUAUACCAUACCAAAUUGUUAUAGACCGUUUAGCCCAAAAAAGCAAAACACUCCAUAAAUUAUUAAUUCCUUGAGCUAAUAAA